AGUGGGAGGACCAGAAUACAUGUUAAUGAUGAUCCUAGCUGUGGAGGGGUCUGAGUGUGGGCAAAACAGGUCAGGAAUCGGAAUCUGCAGGGUGCACUUUGUGUUAAUGGGAUUCAGGGCAGUGUGAAGGUCCAGUGAGUGCUAAUGUGGGUUAGCUGUAGCGGGUCCCAAGUGCAUGUUAAUAGGGGUCGGAAUCAUGUUGGGGGAACAGUGAGUGCUGUGGAGAAGCUAACAAGCACCUGGGCCUGCGAGGGGCCCAAGAGUAUGGUGGUAAGAGUUAAUUUAGAGGGGCCCAACUGUGUGCUAACAGAGUUCAGUGCUUUGCUGGGGCUUUGUAUGCUGAUGGAGGUUAGAGAUAAAUAGGGAAAUUGCAGUGCUGAUGGCAGUUAAGAUGCAAAGAAGCCUUCUUGAGGGUCCAGUGUGUACUGAAGGAAGCAGGACACAGUGAGAGGCCAGUGUGUGCUUAUGGGAUGGUUCUGGACAGGAUGAGGAUGGUGUGUCCCUAUGGGAGUUAGUAGAGUGUGAUGACUGUGUCCACAGUGGUCGGUGUGAUGUGAGGUGGUGAGUAUACUUGGAUGUGAGGGUAUUCUGAGGAUGGGUGUGUCCUCUGGGUGGGGGGUGUCAAGAAGGACAUGUGCCCUUUUUUGAGAGGGGUUGUGUAUCCAGUUUUCUUGCUCCCUCCUUCACUAUUCUGAAAGUCUAAAAAUCUCAGAAAACGGAAAUGAUAUUUACAAGUUUUACUGCAUAUUGAUGUUCAAAUGUCUCUGUUCACAGGGUCCCCCUGCUGGGGGUGUUGUAUGAUACACAGAUUUUGUACCCCAUCUUCCUAAAAUUCCCCCCAAAAUGAACUCUGGAACAUGCCAAACCCUUGGGGUUUCCACUUAGCGGUCAUAGACUCAUGAUUCCUUCUGGCUCCCUCCUCAUCCUCCAUCUAGCCCUACUUACAGCCACCCUCCUCCCUGCCUCAGAUCCCCCAUUCCCUACCCCAGCAGGCAAAGCGACUGGAUAUCUGCGCCAUACGGAUACAAGACAGUCUUUGGGGCCUGGCCACACUUCACCUUCCUCAGCUUUAUGUUCAGUGUUCAGCCUCCUGGGUCAGGAUUUUUUUCAUUAAUGUUAUCCUGGGUUCUUUGGAUAGACUUCAUCCUCUUUACUGAGGUCUUCCUGCUAGGCUGGCCCCUCUGCCCAUCCUGGGGGUGAUGAGUUCAGGCAGGCAGAAGCGGGGUUUGGAAGCCACUGGGGUAAGCACCUGAUUUCAAGGUGACAGAUGACCCACUUCUCUCCUCGAAUCCACCCCCAGCCUCAUCCUCAACCUCCUAUCUAGCUCCACUUCCCUUGGGCCCAGGGCCAUCUUAGGCCCUGCUGUGAGUCCAGAUGGUUCCUGGGCCAGGUCUUUCCCCCUCCUUGUUGGCCCAGAGCCCAGGAGGAAGCAGAAGAAGGCCGGCCUCAGCUUUUUGGUGGCCCCAUUCCCUCCAGCAGUCCCAUCUAGGUCAUCUUGCCAAUGCCAGUGUCCCUGGGCCACCUUGUCUGGGGUUGUCCAUGAGUAGCAGGGACUCACCCUCCUCACCCUGACAGAGAUUGGUUUCUAGGCCCUCCUUUGCCCCCCCACCCCAUUCAUUAAUUUCUACCAUAAGCACUUUUUGAGCAUCUACUUUGUGUCAGUCACUGUUCCAGGUCCUCAGGAUAUAGCCGUGACCUAAACAGACAGAAAUCUACCCUGGCGGAGCUGAUCUUCUAGUUAUGGCGGUCGCCAUGGAUCGGAUGAAGAAGAUCAAACGGCAGCUGUCAAUGACACUCCGAGGGGGCCGAGGUGUAGACAAGACCAAUGGUGCCCCUGAACAGAUAGGCCUGGAUGAGAGUGGCGGCGGCGGCAGUGAUCUUGGAGAGGCCCCCACACGUGCUGCCCCUGGGGAACCUCGCUCUGGGCGGGGCCCACUCAGCUCUGCACCAGAGAUUGUACACGAGGACUUGAAGAUGGGGUCUGACGGGGAAAGUGACCAGGCUUCAGCCACGUCCUCGGAUGAGGUGCAGUCACCAGUGAGGGUGCGCAUGCGCAACCACCCCCCUCGCAAGAUCUCCACUGAGGAUAUCAACAAGCGCCUGUCAUUACCAGCCGACAUCCGGCUGCCCGAGGGCUACCUUGAGAAGUUGACCCUCAAUAGCCCCAUCUUCGACAAGCCCCUCAGCCGCCGCCUCCGCCGGGUCAGCCUGUCUGAGAUCGGCUUUGGGAAACUGGAGACCUACAUCAAGCUGGACAAGCUGGGAGAGGGUACCUAUGCCACCGUCUACAAAGGCAAAAGCAAGCUCACAGACAACCUUGUGGCGCUCAAGGAGAUCAGACUGGAACAUGAAGAGGGGGCGCCCUGCACCGCCAUCCGGGAAGUGUCCCUGCUCAAGGACCUCAAACAUGCCAACAUCGUCACGCUACACGACAUUAUCCACACAGAGAAGUCGCUCACCCUUGUCUUUGAGUACCUGGACAAGGACCUGAAGCAGUACCUGGAUGACUGUGGGAACGUCAUCAACAUGCACAAUGUGAAACUGUUCCUGUUCCAGCUGCUCCGUGGCCUGGCCUACUGCCACCGGCAGAAGGUGCUACACCGAGACCUCAAGCCCCAGAACCUGCUCAUCAAUGAGAGAGGAGAGCUCAAGCUGGCCGACUUCGGCCUGGCCCGGGCCAAGUCAAUUCCAACGAAGACCUACUCCAAUGAGGUGGUAACGCUAUGGUACCGGCCCCCCGACAUCCUGCUCGGGUCCACGGACUACUCCACUCAGAUUGACAUGUGGGGUGUGGGCUGCAUCUUCUAUGAGAUGGCCACAGGCCGGCCCCUCUUCCCGGGCUCCACGGUGGAGGAACAGCUGCACUUCAUCUUCCGCAUCUUGGGAACCCCAACUGAGGAGACGUGGCCAGGCAUCCUGUCCAAUGAAGAGUUCAAGACAUACAACUACCCCAAGUACCGAGCCGAGGCCCUUUUGAGCCAUGCACCCCGGUCCCCUUGUCCUUGCGGUAGACUUGACAGCGACGGGGCUGACCUCCUCACCAAGCUGCUGCAGUUUGAAGGUCGCAAUCGGAUCUCCGCAGACGACGCCAUGAAACAUCCAUUCUUCCUCAGUCUGGGGGAGCGGAUCCACAAACUUCCUGACACUACUUCCAUAUUUGCACUAAAGGAGAUCCAGCUACAAAAGGAGGCCAGCCUUCGGUCUUCGUCAAUGCCUGACUCGGUUGCCGGCGGACAGCAUGGCCGUGCCAGCCUCCCACGCUGAGGCCAGGCCUAUACCCCUCCCCAUCAUACCCUCCCCCAGGACCACUACACCACGGCCAGCCAGGGGUCCGGAGCUAGCCCAGGCUGGGGAUCUCAGACUCAGACGAGACAUGGUGAUGCCAUGGGUCUGAGGCUCCCCUGCCUGUUUUCCUGCCCUGUCCCACCUGCCUCAUGUUGUGUGGGCCUUUUUUUUGUUUGUUUCAUUCAUUGUUGUUUUUUUUAAUUAAUUUUAAAUGAGGUUUUCAUUUUUUAAAUGCAAUAUCUCUGUAUACAGACUGGCUGGGCCCCACCCACUUCGUGUGGCCCUCCCACAGUAUUUUGUGCAAUGAAGCCCCGCUCCCAGCCUUUCUAUGGCAGGGACACAGCCCCUAUUCAGAACCCUGACCAUCACCAGACCCUGGGGUCAGCUAAGGGAAAGCAUGCCUUGACCACUCGCCUUCUGACCCCCACCUGCCAUCCCCAGCUGCAGGGGGACUUGGGGACUACUGGAGACUCUCUGGGAGAUGGAUGAGGUGGGGGGCCCCCACUCUUUCCCUCCUGGAGUCCCAUAGCUGGGGCCUCCUUCUCAGGGUCUCCCUAGCCCAGCCCUCCUGCCCCCAUCCCACUCGGUGCUGCUGAGUAGGGGCCCUGCCAGGAACUGACCGACACAGCAAGGAGCCAUAGUGUGUGUAUGCGCACAAGCAGGGACAGAGGGGCACAUGGGGGGUUGUGCCCAGGCGUUACCCCCUAACCCCCGGGGAAGGUGAGGCAGGGCAGGGACAGUUUCUGGGGUUAGUCCUCAGAUGGGUGGUUACCUCCCCUUCUUCCACUCUAAACCCUGGGGCCCUCAAAUGGGGUGGGAGGGCAGGGGCAGGGCCCUCCUAGGGGGGUUUGGGGGUUGGGUUCCUGAAUGCACCAUAAUCGCUGUAUGAAAUAUUAAAAAGUCUAAAG